AUGACGUCUACUAAGCGGUGGAUGCUGGCCGGUUUUGCGCUACUGUGCAUUUAUGGAUCAGCUGAAUCUAAAAGGAAUUUCAAAUGCCCUUCAGGAUGCUCCUGCUCCAAGGAGACAAUCAUCUGCGUUGGCACCUCACAGAUCCCACGGACUAUACCGGCUGAAUUUAACUCGUUGAGCAUCGUGAAUGGAUCCAUUGCUGAAAUCACAGAGGGAAUGUUUUCACUCAUGCCUUCUCUUCAGCUGCUGCUUCUGAAUGCAAAUUCUUUGACCACAAUCAAAGAUGAUGCUUUCUCAGGUCUUCCACAUCUGGAAUAUUUAUUCAUUGAAGGAAACAAAAUUGAAUCCAUCACCAAAAAUUCCGUACGUGGUCUGCGAGGUUUGACUCAUCUAUCACUUGCCAAUAACAAGAUGAGGUUUCUGCCAAGAGAUCUCUUUUUUGACUUGGACUCUUUGCUGGAACUGGAUCUGCGAGGCAACUCUUUCCAGUGCAACUGUGAGAACAAGUGGCUGAUGACAUGGCUGAAAAACACAAACGCCACAGUCUCAGAUGUCUUCUGCGCAGGCCCCAAUGAAAUGAAGGGCAAGCGGCUCAAUGACCUUCCUAUUCCACCGGGGGAGUGCAUCUCUACAGAUUUUGUGCGUCAUCAGUCCAUUCCCAUUCAGUCCAUGUCAUCGGACAUCUUCUCCUUUAAAGAGGACAUCUAUGUGGCGAUGGCAGCACCCAACUCCAACAGCUGUGUGGUCAUGGAGUGGGAUCACAUUGAAAUGAACUUCAGAAAAUUUGAUAAUAUAACAGGGAAAUCUGUUGUUGGUUGCAGGUCAGUUCUGGUUGACAACCACGUCUUGAUAAUUGUUACCCAGCUAUUUGGUGGCUCCCACAUCUACAGGUUUGACAAUCAACAAAACAAGUUCAUCAAAUUUCAAACUAUUGAAGUGUUCAACAUCUCAAAGCCAAAUGAUAUUGAGGUCUUUCAAAUGGACAGUGGGUGGUACUUUAUAAUUGUGGACAGCUCCAAAGCGGGAAUGUCUACUAUGUACAAGUGGACCGACCAACCUGACCGCAACGAAACUGGAUUCUUCUCAUAUCAGUUUCUCCACGAAUGGUUCCGUGAUACAGAUGCUGAGUUUGUCGAGGAAGACGGGAAGUCCUACCUCAUCUUAGCAAGUCGCUCUCAGUCACCUGUCAUUUACCUCUGGAACAAGAGCACUCAGAAGUUCAUACUUCAUGGGGAAAUCCCAAACUUUGAUGAUGUGGUGGCAGUGAAAGCUUUCCGGCUGGAAGGCGAGUUGUAUCUGGCCAUGACCUGCUACAUUGGUGACUCCAAAGUCCUCAAGUGGACCAACAAGCAGUUCACUGAGGUGCAACCUCUACCCUCUCGAGGAGCAAUGAUCCUCCAGCCUUUCACCUUCACAAACAGACACUACCUUGCCCUUGGCAGCGAUUACUCUUUCACACAAAUCUACCUCUGGGAUGCAGAAACCAAAACCUUUCACAAGUUCAAGGACAUUUAUGUGCAGUCACCACGAUCAUUUACUGCAGUGACCACUGACAGGAGGAAUUUCAUCUUUUCAUCUAGCUUUAAGGGCAAAUCAAUGGUUUUUGAGCAUAUUAUUGUUGAUUUAAGCUUAUAA